AUGCCACCUCGACGAUCAACUCGGACACGAGAUCCGUCGUACGAGGAGUCGCUGGAACAUCCUGCUACCUCCAGCAAGCGUCGCGGCGGAGCUGCGCGUGACACGCCUCCUAAGAAGACGCGAACAACAAAUCGCCUCCGCAUCGCCGAGUCCUCUACACCAAGCCGUCGCGCGACGCGUUCGACAUCCGCCUCAACCGUGACCCAGACACCUAACGCGUCUGAAAUGGCGCCGCCAAAGAGGGCCGUAAUGGCAAGACGGACUGGAGGAAGGCCUAUCCCUGGGCCACCCAUCGCGAGUCAGAGGGCCUCGAGGUUCGGGAUAGUCCCUCCCAAACAUCCUAAGCGCCCUCGCAGUGCGAGCGUGGCGACCGAGGAGAGCAACGAGCUAGACGACGGAGGGCCUUCCCCUCCCCGGUCCAUUCGGCCGCGGACGCGCCGGGUCCAGAGAGACAUCGAGGAGGGAGAUGAGGAAUGGAGAGACGGAGGACACAGCGAGGUGGAGGUCAUCGACAUGGCCUCCUCGGACGGGUCCGUUGGCGCUGCCGGGCCGGGACCUCGCACGUCGCGGAACAGGGCGAAACUCCGGCCUGUGCCACAACCUUCCCCAUCCGCCUUCCACAAGUACGCCGAGAAGCCGCCACGGACCUCGCAGGUCGAGUCCAUCGAGGACCCUGACUCGAGCCCCAAUUCCAGCCUAGGGCUGGAGACCCAGGUGCGGAAGCCGAGAAGAAAGCAUGGAACCGUUGGUGGCACUGUGUUGGAGAUUUUCGACGACGACGAUGACGACGAGAUGGACGAGCCGGGCGUACCCGCUUCCCAAUCUGAAGAGCACCACAGCCCCGAAAAGCAGCAUUCCUGUCGUUGGCAGGGCUGUGAUGCCGCGUUCGCAACUUCAGACGAGCUGCUCGACCAUAUGGGCUUUCAUCUUUCUUCCGAGGGCGCAGUUACGUCAGCGAGGCGCCACUCUGUUGCCGUGCCCACAGCGUUGUCAUCACAGGGCGCGGACGGCGCGCGGACGCUCGACUUCCUCACUGGGGAAUUAGAGAGGGCGCGCACCGAGACAGCCGACUUGCAGUCGCAGUUAGCCCAGGUCAAGACCAGCAACGACGAGCUUCGCGAGAGGGCCAAGACAAACGAAGAACUAAGAGCCCAAGUCCUCGCCGAGGCCGCCGUCGAGCACGAGAAGAAGCUCCAGGUCGCGGCGGACGAGCACGAGAACGACAUGAAGGCAGCGAGCAAGGAGCUGGACGGCGUCCGCGCAGAAUUAGACAAACGCAUAGAGGAGACGUCUGAGCUCGAGGCUAUGGUCAAGGCGACCGAGGCAGAGCUCAUGAGGCGCAACACGACAAUGGCAGAGCUCGAGGCCGAGGUCGUCGAGCUGAAGUCUAAAGCUAAGACGGCGACAGACGAUCCAGACGCGCCGUCAGGCACCGCCGUCACCCUCCCUCCUGACGCUCCCCCCGAGGAGCAGAUCAAGGAGAGGGACACCAUCAUUGCCAACCUUCGCAAGGAUCUCAAGCGGAGCAAGAAGGCGCACAAGACGACCAAGGGUGACCUCGAAUUCAUCCGCGCACAGUACGAGACCGCUUCUUUGAGCGCCGUGCAGGAGGUGAAUCGGGCCAAGGAGUUGGAAGCCGAAGUGACCAAGCUGCGCGAACAGCUCAGUAUGGGUCUCAAGCAGCGCGACCUGUUCUAUAAGGCAGCAGUAGACGCUGCGAACCUCGACGCGGAGAAGGCGAAGCAGCAAUUCGUCCUCCUACUGGAGCAGAACCGGAGGACGGACGACGGCAUCCGACGCAAGGCGGCGCAGCACCACCAGCUGUGCCAGGACAAGCACCAGCUCGAGAUGGACCUGCACAAGGAGCGCACGCGCGCACACGACCUCUCGAAGCGCAACGACGAUUUGGUUGCACUGAACGCCCGGCUUCGCGGCCGCCUCAUGGGUGCAUUUGACAAGGUCGACGAAUCGGACGACGAGGACGAGCAUGCUACCGAGCCCAAGUUGGCAAUGCCGACGCUCGUGCCCGACGGCAGCCGUGUUGUGGGUGGCGUGGCGGACCCGACGCUCACUGGCGAGGCGCAGGCUUGGCAGUGUAAGUGGCAAGUCGACGACCGACUGUGCGGGCUCUACUUUGACUCGCGCGAGGAGCUGGACGGGCACGGGCAGGGCGUGCAUAUUUCGGCUCUUGAACAGAGCUAG